AUGUCCACAAAUCGACGUUUUUAUGUUGGUAAGUCUCGGUAACUUAACUUUUUUGUUCGUGUAUCGGCUAAGAAGAGUCCAAUAAUAUGUUCCAAACGCCGGUGUCGACCAACACAACAAUCCUUUUUUCAUUUCUGGGGCGACCCUUAUUAAUCAUUAGUUGGUGUAUUGUUUUUAUAGCACCUAUAUGAUAAGUUAUUGUUUUUGUUGUUGGUAGUUUUGUUUUGCUUGCAAAAUGUUUCUUUUAAUCGACGUUUAAUCUGUUGCAAAACUGACUUUAAUAGACUACCGUGCGUUCAUACGACGCCUGACGAAUUUUGGACCGGUUGAAAAUUCAUGCGUGCUCAGUUCACACGAAACCACCUUACCUGUCUGAAAAUUUAAAACAUGUAGCCCUUCAAAGCUCUGUGCGUAUAGAGCAAAAAUAUUGAACAGUGUGAAUGAAGUGUCUGUUCAAAUUUUUCAGUAGGUUGAAUUUCAUCUGGUGCCGUCUUAAUGAAGCCUUAGGUUGCCAGUUGGGGACCAAACCAUUGCUGCUUUGCACAUGAUGUCACAGGGGCCAUGUUGGUGGUCAAGAACAAAAGCAUUUCUCUCCUCCGAGAACUAAACUCUAUUUUCAUGUAAAUUAUUUGAGAAAAAAAUUCUAUUGUAUUGACCCCCAAUAUGGCCGCUUUUUCACGUGGUUGCAAACCAAGAAUUGGUACUGAUUUGCCAUGUUGUUAGAGUUGAAAUGGAAUUUACGCACUAAACUGGUUGAUAAUAUACCGUAUUUAUUCGAUUAAGCGCCCAACCUCGAAUAAGCGCCCACCUCGAAUAAGCGCCCACCCUGAAGGUAGAAAAAUUUAAUAAGCGCCCAGCCUCGAAUAAGCGCCCACCCCCACCCCCCACCCCCCCCCGAAAAAGUACUUUUAAGUGCCCAACCUCGAAAAAGCGCCCACCCACCCCCCCCCCCCAAAAAAAAAAUAAUAAUACCAUAAUAAAGUGCACAAGAGGUACCGGUAUUGAUUACUACGGUAUUUCUUUAAUGGCUUACAAUCUCUAGUUUCAUUGUCUGAAAAUUUUAAGACAACGUAGGAAUUUUUCUCAAAGUUUCAACUGAAAUGUCCAUGUGGGCGCAAAGUUCUUUCAGCCGCAAAAUCUCCCGCUCAAACUUCGUGGCAAUAGCCCUUCUUGGUGUCCGCGCUUUGAAUGUUCCUGGCACAACAAGUCCGUUCUCAAGCCUUCUUGACCCUGUUACUUUAACAGAAACCUCAUUAUCGUCGCAAGCUCUCAGAAAUGUAUAGAUAAGGUAAGACAGUUCCAUUGGCACAUGUCCUACAAUUUAUAUGCUUUAACAUUUUGUCAUGUUUUGUUCUUAUUUAUUGUUUUGUUACAAAAUAAACUUUUAACUUACUGAAAAUGGUGAAAAUUUAAUAAGCGCCCAGCCUCGAAUAAGCGCCCACCUCGAAUAAGCGCCCACCCUGAAAGUCCAAAAAUUAAAUAAGCGCCCUGGGCGCUUAAUCGAAUAAAUACGGUAUAACAAAAAAGCAAGAUCAAAGAUGAAGCAAUUGGUCGAUUAGUUUGAUGUGCUUGAUGGAUCAUGAAUAUGUUAAUGGACUCCUUUAAAGGCAGUAUUGAGGUGCUGACCACGUAUAGGACAGUCAGUCUAUAUAACCAGUGUAGUGGUUAUCAGUGUUUGACUCAUAUUAAUUUUUGUUUGGUUUGUUGUGUGAAGGGAAUCUAUCACCAAAAGUGACCAAAGAGGACCUAGAACGCCAUUUUGGUCUCAACAGUACACCUUAUGUGCGCUCAUCUUCAUGGAUUGAAUUAGCUCAGGAACGUUCAGGGUCUUCACAAAAAUAUGCAUUUAUUACUGUUUCAGAGGACCUUGCAAGUAAGUUUGCAUUGUGUCCUUUUGGAUAAAACAUCAGGCCUCGGUUGUUUGAACAUUAGAUAGCGCUAUCCACAGGAUAAAACACUAUCCAUUGGAUAAGUAUUAGGGAAACUGAUUGCAAUAUCCACCGGAUAGAGAUUUAUCCGGUGGAUAGCGUUAUCAAUCUUUUGAACAACUGGGGCCUGAUUGAUGUUAAUUUAUAAUCUUUGUUGAAGAAUCAUAUCCAUUUAACAACUUGUUUAUCUAAAUAAUCUAUAGUUACCCACAUGCUAUCCAUGUCGAUUAUUUUGAAAGCCAUUGAAUCGACUGUCUUGACUUGUAGACCACUUACUUCAAUUGAAUGGAACCAAGCUGUAUGACAAAUUUAUCAGAGUUGAACCAGCCAAGAACUCAGGAGGUAGUUUUAGUGGUAAAGUUUCCAUCCCAUCGAUGAUCCCUCCCACGUCUGUCAGAGCCAGUUAUCCUACAUGGACAGGCGGUAACCGCAAAUACAAUCCAAGAAACAGGAACAGGCGCCGCCCUCAGGGUCCCAAUGACAUUGUAAAAAUACCAGAGGAUAAAGUAUUGCAACUCAUUGAUGCUGGUGUCAAUCUGCCAAACAAAGCGUAAGUGCAUUUUAAUUUUUCCAUAACAGUCUUGAGACAUCAAUUUCUGUUGUAUCCUGUUGCUGUUGUUUUUUCUUUUAAUCUUCCAGCCAUUCUCUGUUCCUUUUUGACCAUGCCUUCUAUCUGAUACCCUGGUUACAGACACAGUGAUACUGUAUGUCCUCUCAAGUUUCUACCAUUUGUAAUGGUAACAGGACUGAGUGGAGUCCAAUUCAGUCUGUAAUCGUACGAGUGAUGAACAAAAUCGGACGACCACGUAGCGGGGGUCCAAUUUGUUUAAUCACGAGUAUGAUUACAGACUGAAUUGGACAACACGAAGUUCUGUUACCAAUUAAUCAUAACCAGGGCCGUAGCCAGUAUGAGGCGAACUGAGGGACUCGCCUCGGUAAAAUUUUACCAAAUACAGUCGAUUUUUAUUUUUUUUAUCAGACUGAUAAUAUUAGAAGAUUUCAUACGGCUGAUUUCGUACAACGGACCGUGUGUUUGCCUCGGUUGUAGUUUCUUCCUGGCUACGGCCCUGAUAACUUUAACUAAAUUUGUGAUAUAUACCGUAUUUAUUCGACUAUAAGCCGAGCGAUUUUUACACAAAUCAAAACUGAAUUGAAUUAAAAUUUGGGCUGUAGAGGGGGUCUCGGCUUAUAGCCGAAAGUUUUUUGAAAAAAAAUUUUUUCCGGCACAUGGAAACUCUACUAAAUCGAGAUGUAUUUACGUAUAAGCCGAGCUAAAGUAAAGAAACACAAUAUGCAAUCGUUGGUUCAGGUUAUUAACUUUUAAGAAUGUGGUGGCUCCUAAAGGAGGCGUUUCAUAAAUUUAAUGUGUUUUCACGGAAAAGAUAAAGAUUCUUGAUAGGGAGUAACCGUGACGCUGACGGGAUGUGAUUACAAAUCGAUGGAACUUGACUGUUUGCUGCUCCAAGUCUUCUGGGAGACGCUGAGUGAGUGUUGUUUUGGUGUGAAGGCUGACGGAAUGGCGGCGUUUCCAUUUCUGGUACCAGCCGAGGGACGCUUUAAACUCAGAAUCCUCGCUGAAUUCCUUUGCCUUUAGACGUAGCAUCAAUCCGCUAACAGCUAUUCCUAUGCAAAACGAAGUGAGAAGGUUACCAAACGAUCGAAAGGUUAAAAAUUUGACACGUCUUGAAUUUGUUUUGACAUCUGUGAAAACUGGCCAAUGAGGAUCUAUCAUACACAAUAUUGUCACAUGAUACUACGAUAGUUUUGAGAGUCACACAUUCAACUCAUUACUGGGCUGCCUGUGCGCCCAGUCAUAAAAUGGGCUUUCGGUCGUCGGUGUCAAAAAGUGGUCUCCUGGGGGUGGGAAGACACGAGGAUCUGGUACCGAGAAAUGAUGUUCUCACAAAUGGUUUCAUAUGAGUUUCUCUUGCACGAACCCUUGCACGGACACUUUUUGUACCUCGUCUGCGCUCCCCCUGAAAAACCCACAAAGCGUUGCGAACCUGAAGAAGGCUAUUUGCGUUGUUCGAAGCGAUUCGAUCAGGGAGUCACUCUAUAAUUUUUUUAUUGUUCGAGUUUAAGUCAGUUAGAUGAUGUUGGCGCUGGGAAACUCAGAGAAAUGCUCGCGUUGCAUUCAAACCGACACGCUGUUCACGGUAGGUCCACACUAAAAGAUGACUGUGAGCGUCAGGUUUGGAACGCCGUGGCCGCUUCGUGAACUCAAAGAGAGAAUUAUCGAUCGAUGUAGUACAUGAGCAAUUAAGAAGCACAAUUUAUGAGCAAGGUAUUUCACCAGUUGACGACACUGUGGCUGAAGACUUGAUUGUAAGCCUUCGUAGUCAGUGAAGCGAACAACUCAGUUGCCGAUUAAUGGCACUACGCACGUCUAUGAGCGAGGGACGUGACAAUUUCGCCAUGUUAGAAGACUGGCUUUUCCUUUAAAUAUUUCCUUCUAUUUAAUGCAACACACGCCACUUUGGAGGUCUUAAUUUCGGAUACUGAGGAUAAAGAAGACACGGACAAAAAUAGGGACUCUGAGAAUUUCGCGCACAAUGCACAAGUUUAAAGCUUCACUGUAACAUCCCAUCCGGAUACGGGAGCUUCACAGAGAGCGACUUGAGGAAAAUAGGAGCUAUUACUGACAAGGUUUGAUGACUGAGUAGAGCAUACAAGUGUAGCCCACGUCGAGGUUUCAGGGGGUUUGCUUUUGUUUGUAUUUGUAUCUUGCUAAGCUUUUAUCAUUAAAUUUGUACAUGAUCUUGUGAUCACAAUUCUGUGUUUUCGCCCAUUCAGCAAGCACGCUAUAUUGAUGUCAGCAUUAGCGAGUUUCAGAAACAUGCCUUUGAAAGUUUUUUAGCUCUCGUGAUGUUUCUUGAUAUUUCUUUUACCAUUUUAUGAAGAUGUUAACUGAAGUCACCGCAAAAUGGAAACUUAAAAAAGCGUAUAAUCCAUUUAUCUCGAAACAUAACACAUUAGCCUGAGUAUCAGGCGUUUCUGGGGGAAAAGGGGAAAGAUGGAAGCGAAAAAGGGAGAGAGCUGAAGGAGAGAAACGCCUGACACAGAUGCUUUUACUGGAGCCUUCCACCCCCACACAGCAUGAUUCGAAACCAUCCAAUCAAAAUCACAUCCGGUCAUUGGGUUGUCAGCUUCACGUGUCAAAAAGCUCCCCUAAAAUAAAUCUCACCAUACGGUCUUGCCGAGCUCCGGUGCUUGUGUUGUUACGAUUUCGCUUUUUCUGAAACCUCCAAUGAGGAGUUUUCGAAUACUUGUAAUGGAAAACCUGCUGUUUUUGAGGAAUUAUAACAUGUUUUAGGAAUUGUGCUAAUGUAAGAUCGCCAACGCUCUGUUUGUAAAUAAACGUGUGCCCGGAAAACUGUAAACUGCUUUUGUUUACAGGGUUACAACAGCGGUGCUCAUUAAUAAUAGAAUCUGGCAGCUAAAAAGCUGCUGUAGAUCAGGCCGAAAAUCGUCCGAGGGAAAAUCUAAAGUCAAGCUAAAGCCUUGGAGCUGUCGGCUAUUCUCAAUACAUGGCUACCUCGCUCUAAUUUGAUUUACAGUAACAAUACCCUUUUAGUGGCAGGAUGUCGUAAAUCAAAACUUAGAUAUCUGAAGCACCGAUAUCGUCUUCUUUUUCCUGGUCUUGUGAAACCAAUACUCGGACAUAGUUUCGGGAGAAGCUGGUAUAUGAGGCUUUUCCAUACUCCGAGAACAUCUUUCCUGUUAACUACGAGGCUUUGAAAACACAUUUCUUGCUCGGAUGUUAUUUUUAUUCCCGGAAAGAACUUGAGAGCGCUCUCAAGAGUCUCUUUGAAUUCCUCUCUGCGACUCUAUCCAUAAAAUUAACACAUGAAAUCAAAACACUCUGCUCGCGUUUACUUGCGGUCGGUGACGUCAGGGCGUAUUGUGUGUUAUCCAAUCACUGCCACAUCCAGAUUCUGGAUGUGUCACACGAUUUGCUGAAUGGUUUUGUGUCAGGCCUUCCUUUCUCUUCUCCCCCCUCCCCCCUCCCCCCUCAAAAAUCUCCUCUCCCCUAUCCCCUUAGGAAGGCCUGAUACUCAGGCUAAUGACUUAUACGACCUUUUUUUUCGUAAAGGUGUUUUGAAUACGAACGAACACAGUCAAUGUGAGGGGCAAAAACAGCAUUAAUAUAAAUGAACCAUAGGGUUUUAACUAAUAUAAGGGUCAAUUAUUGUGCAUUGAGAUGAAUCGCUUGAAAAGAGAGACUUCGCUUGAAGAUGUGAUGAGAAGUAAACAAAGGCAUAAUAGUGCGUCACGUUCAGUCUUUUUAAUAUCCAAGGAGUCACUGUGAAUAGUGUUUCCAUAUUGUUUAGCUGGCACAAAAACUUCGGACGAGUUAUAAAGCGGCAUAGUUAUCUUCCAUGAAGAAAAGUUCGUCUUGGGUGAGACAAAAGGAACUGGAGCGAAUUUUUAACUCGCAUCGGUAUCAGGUAAAAAAUAUGUUAUCGAUCGUUUCAUCUAUUUACAUUGUUUGAAGUGCGUGCCGGUGAACGCAACGUGCGAGCGAGAAGUCUUUAAACUUUUUUAGGUCUCAAAAUGCAAAGGAUUUUAUUUCUUUAAGUUAGAGAAAAAUACCAAGAGGAAAAUCUUAAAACUGAAUAUUUUUCUUCUUGUGGAAAAAAUAGUGCGUUUUCUUGUAGACUGUGGACCGCAAAUUAGGAUCGCACUUUUCACAAACAUGCGAAUUCCGAAGUUCAGAAGCCAACCGACGAUUGCGUUUUUCGCUGCUGUCAAUCAUCUUAACGGACCUCUUAGGAAACAAAACUCUACUUCACGGGUUUAAAAGGUCAUGGUUUGUGAUUUGUGGAUUUCGAUCCGUUUUGUGUGUUUCUCUGUUUCAAGGUUCGUUGCUUUUGAUCGUAAUUAUGAUUGACGGCAGCGAUAAACACAAUUGUGAAGGUGGCUUUUGAACUUUAGAGUUCGCAUGUUUGUAAAAAGCGCAGUUAAGUCUCCGUGCAGUCAGUGAGGCCCCUGGAUCAGGAGGGAUCAAUGGGCAGUUAACUGUCUGUUUUAGUAUACUUCUGGUUUUCAUAUAACACAAUAUUUCUGUCUAGUGUAAAUCAGCUCAUUAUACUCGUAGAACGACAACAAUUUUUGGAAUUUCCAGUUACGUCACGUUAUACUGUCACGCUAUAUUUUGGGGCACAGAGGGAUUAGGGAAGGGGUAAAUGGAAAUAAUGCAAAUUGUUUCCUGCUUAGAAUUAAUGGCUAACUUGUCUAUUUUUAUUCAUAGUGGUGGAAUUUAAAAGUUAUUAUACAGCGACCACUUAAAAAUGGUACUCUUUUUUUUGGGUUACGAAAGUCUUUCAAAAGGGUACAAUGUUUUGAAUGAGUUUAUGUUUCAGUCUCACGUGAGGUUCUGUCACAUGCAAUGGUUGCCGACAAGGUUUUAUGGUAGCCUGAGUGUGUAUAGCCGCCCCCUCCCCUCAGAAAAAAUAGCCCCUUGGCAGCCCAGUUAAAAAUCGCCUUUCGGCGUUUCUUGUAUUCACUCUGCAAUCAGCUGAUUGAUUUAUUUCGUGAUCUUGUUUCCGUUGUUUUAAAAUACCAAAUCAAUGCUCGACAAAAAACUUACCUUGGCUUCUCUCCUCUGUAAACCAUUCCAGUAUUCUUUGAUCGCGCUCCGGAUACUUCGGCGUGAAGCAUCCCAUCGUCUUCCGUUUCGCUGACAAUUUAAUCUCGCCGUUAAAAAGGUUCGCUUGAUCUUUCCUCCAGCGACGGACCAUGGACUCACUGAUGCCAUAUUCUCUGGCGAUUUCAGAGUUAUUUUCAACAGCUUCUGCUUCGCGACUACUUUAAAUUUAAGCGCGAGGUUGUAUGGACGCGUGCGACGAGCCUUGGGCAUGAUGACAACUUGACUUGAAAUUAACGAUUGCGAACACGAGAUUGUUUGAUAGACGCUACGGAUGUCUAGGUACUGGUGAUGCCGCUUAACAACACAGUUAGUUUUAAAUUCAUUUUUUGGAUCACAUUAAUUCAUCUGAGUUAUGAUUCAUUGCUUUUCAAUUGAAUAGUUAGUUACGGGUAAUAUUUAUUAAUUCGCGUGUGUUUUCUAAGAGGGAAGCUUUUUGCAUAAUAAAUCACCAUUGCAUCUCUUGUAUACGCGUGUUUGUGUUAUCGUCUAAGCCUCAUUUAUGACAAUCAAUGUGAUUUUUUUCCAAAAAUGUUAGGUUUUCCCGUAGUUAACAAUUCAGUCUUGUAAUAAUGAAUGGGUCUCGGCUUAUAGCCGGGUGUUUUCGAUUUAUUUUUGGUUCUCGUUAUGCCGAGUCUACACGUUCAAAGUUUGGGGUCUCGGCUUAUAGCCAAGAUCGGCUUAUAGUCGAAUAAAUACGGUAAUGCCCUUUUCAAAAUCAAAACAGAACAAAUUCUGAUUUUUUUUUGCUAGUAGUGAAAAAAGCCAUUUAAGCGCGCGUGUGAUGGCGCAUACUGUCCAAUUACUUAGGCAUGAUGCGUACUGUCCUAUUAAAUUGUCCAAUUAAGGCUGAAAUCAGGGCAGUUGAUAGCCAAUCAGAUUUGAGAAUUUUGUUAUAGUUAUGAUUAACAUUAAAAUAGGAGCCUUAAAUGAAUAUGAAGAAGAGAUAGUACUAUGGGGUUGUCACUAUUAUGAUUUUAAGUUGCCAGUAUUGUGAAUUCUGUUCUUAAUUUGUCAGAUAGACAAGUGAGGUCUUUUGGGGAAUCCAAUUUGCAGAAGAACUGUAAUCAAUACUUAUCCAGGGCUGUCAUUAAGAGGCAGGGGCUGAGGAUUUCCCCCGGCUACUAAGAAUGUGGCCCCGAGUACUUUAAUAUUAUUGGAAAAAUAGAAAAAUAGAACCACAAGAAAUCCGUAGAGCUGUUUGAUUUCCAACCUACUUGUUGUAUUUAUGUGGCUACUUAAAAUCUUAGUGACAACCCUGCUUAUCUUUUUUUUUUUGGGGGUGGGGGCUAGAUGAAAUGACUUUUUGGCUGGUACAUGGUGGGUACAGCUUGCCCAAACAGCAAGCUGUAAAACUGACUUUCUUUGCAUCCUGUGGUGGGUUGUAUUUCGCAGGUUUACCAUAGACAUUCAGAAUGUCAUUGAACAAGCAGAGGUUGUUGGAAUCAAGCAAAUGAUUCUUACAGGGAAUACCCUUCAGAUGAGUCAGUCAGCUGUCACUCAGGCUAAGGCACAUCCCACAGUACUUUAUGCCUCUAUAGGAGUGCAUCCUCAUUUUACAGAAAAGGAAUGGAAUGAAAAAACAGCAAAAGAGAUUGAAGAAUUAGCCAAGGAUCCUGUUGUUGUGGCCAUUGGUGAAGUUGGAUUGGACUUUCAUAGGAAUUAUUCCCAAGAAAAAGCACAGAUAGAGGCAUUCACAAAACAGGUAAGCUUAUCAGUACCCCUGGGCUUGUUUCUUGAACUAGUUGGUGCGGCUUGGUUCUUGAAUCAGUCUCCUGUGAUCAGUCCUUGGCAGAUUAGUGCUGAUAAUAAAUUUAAUCCACAGUUAUGUUUGCCUUCCUAUAAUCUCUUAUCUCAAUGUUGUGUAGGCUCCAGUAACAUGUUCCUGGACAAUAAACUUUGCUUAAAAGUGGGCUUUACCAUGUGGGUCAAACAUGAACUUAACUAUCUGUCAAGUGACUGGGCCCUGUAUUUUUUAUUAGAAGAGGGUAGUAUCAAUGAAUAACAGCAUGUUGAAAUUCCUGUGAAUAAAGUUGCUCUGCAAAGUAAGAACCAAGAAGGUCCAAAUUCCCAUUAAUCUGAAUACUCAGGGUUGUCAGAAUUUUUGAAAUAGACAGCUGGGUUGUCAAAGUAAGCGGCCAGUCCAGGGAUAUUUUUUAAAAAAUGCCGUCCAUAAAGAAAUGCCAAGCAGAGUAGCUGGCUGAUACUGACCAAGUAGGCGGCAAUUUUCGCCAGCAGCUGGCUACUUUUGACAACCCUGAUACUUGACAAUAAUUUCUGCUAGGUGUUGUUAUUAAAAUAAUGAUGCUCACCUGAAAUCCAAGAAAAUAUGAAUUCUUGCAUAGGGGUAAUAUAGAGUGAAUCAAAUCCCAAUUCUUUACAUUAGUCUGAGUGGUAGAAUAUCUCUGCAGUCAAGUGAUUGGUGAAAUGAUAAUCCUCUUGUUCUUUUCUUUUUGUAAUAUUAGGUUGAGAUUGCUUGUGAAGUUCAGAAACCACUCUUGGCUCAUGAGCGAGCUUCCCAUCAGAAGUUCAUUGAAGUUUUGAGCCAGUUUAGUGGCAGAUUACCUUCUAUCGUGAUCCAUUGUUUUACUGGCAGUGUUUCUGAAAUGAGCGCUUAUGUUGCAAUGGGGUUUUACAUUGGAAUUUGUGGAUUUAUUUGUAAAGGUAAGUGUUAAUUAAAUAACUGUUGUCUUGUUUAGGUUCAUCAAGUGCCACCUUCAAAAUGUCUAUAAAAAAGUUUUAGUGAACAAGAUCUACUAAGGAAUUAAGUAUUUUGUUAACCCAUUAAGCGUCAAUAUCCAGAUACAAAUUCUCCAUACUGAUCUUCAUGGACAUUUCCUUAGAGAUAAGUUGGGAGAGUUUAAUAAACGAUCAAAGCAUUUACUCUUUGGUGAUCAUUUGAUUUAUUCUCGUAACCAUUUCUCUUGACAACGUAUGGAUAUUGUUAGGAGAAAACUGUCGUUGGUCACUAUUGGGACAAAUUUGCCUCUAACUUGCAAGUAAAGGGUAAUGUUUGUAGGUUGGUUUUUAGUGUCAGUCAGAGAAUUGCAUCAGAGAAUUGCAUCUCACACCAGGGUAAGAUGUGUCUGGUUGAAGUAAAGCAGACCAGUUUGUAUACUGAAAGUUUUGUAUUCAGUUCACUUUAUAAUGUGGAACUUGUAGCAAAACUUAAUGAUGUUUGUUUCUUCCUUCAGAAAACCCAGGCAAAGCUUUGCGCGAUGCUCUCAAGGAGGGUGUCCUCCCACUGGAUAGAAUUCUUCUGGAAAGUGAUGCACCUUACAUGACGCCAAAUGCCCCUGAAAAGGACUUAGAUGACGUUUGUAAGUCACUACUAAAAAGAUGCCAACCAGGGCGCAAUGAACCUUGUACUCUGCCUAUAGUAGCUCACACUGUUGCCAAAUGCCUUGGAAUUGACGCAGAGGAAGUAGCGCGCGUCUCAGCAGAUAAUGCAAGGAGGGUGUUUGAUUUGAAGCCUCCUGUUACCCCUGUUUCACAGCCAGCUCCGCAAGCUACCAAAGACACUGAAUAAGAAAUGUCAGCUAACCCAUAAUGUAUUAAAAAAGGCUAGAUUUUAUUAUUGUCAUAGACAGUGGUGCAUGCUGUGAUUCCUGUUCCUUGUGCUCCAGUAUUUUUAGCUACUGACGUUUUUUAGCUAAUUUCUCUUGUGCUAAUAGCCCAUUUCUCAUCCAGAGUACCUCAAACAUUUUAGGGGCCCAUUUCUUGAAAGUCCCUGUAACUCUAUGGGCCUGAAAUAAACUAUUCAGGUCAAAAUAUACCUAAGAAACCAGUACAUUUUGUUUUGUUUACUAUUAGUUUAUAAUCUGCACAAGUUUUGAAACCUCAAUCUGUAAAGUAAAUGACAACAUCUUUUCAGGCCCAUUAAUUAUCGGAACUUUCAAGAAAUGGGCCCCAGGUCCUUAGAUUUACUUUAAAAUGACGUUCCAAACCAACAAACUUUGAGGUUUGGAUUAAAACACUGUGCACGUAAUAUAACUUUGGAUUAAAAAUUUAUACGGGCUGUUGAGAAACAGGCAGUAGGCUUUCAUUUUGCUUUAUUUGAUGUUGCCUCCCAAAAUAGCUUGACUGCUGAUUAUGCUGGAUUUCGAAAAUUUGGAAACGGUGUCUCUUGCCCAAAAAUUACUGAAAUAAAUGACCUAAUUUUUAUGAUUUUGUUAAUAUUGCAUCUAGUUAAAAGAUGCCUAAGAACGCAGGUAUCAGUUUCAAUUCAAGCAGUGCAAAUGGACAUGUUUUGCAAAAUUGAUCAGGACCCAGUUGUACAAAAGGUGGAUAAUACUGUCCUCUGGAUAAAUCUCUGUCCAGUGAAUAGAGCAAAUUGAUAGUGAUUUAUCCGGCAGACAGCGUUAUCCAAUGUUUAAACACCUGUUGCCAUGGCAGCUGGCACCAGUUUGUUGUUCAUUGCACUGAUAUAUGACCAAACAUUCACAUUUUAUGGACUACAAACGUUAUGAGACGAAAAUCAGAUUUC